AUGGCAGGUGAGGCAACUCGGGUGAUGGUAGCGGUGAACGAGUCGACGAUCAAGGGUUAUCCACAUGCUUCCAUUAGCAGUAAAGGAGCAUUCGAGUGGACUCUUAACAAAAUUGUUCGUUCCAACACUUCUGGUUUCAAACUCCUCUUCCUCCAUGUCCAAGUUCCCGAUGAAGAUGGUUUUGAAGAUAUGGAUAGCAUAUUUGCAUCACCUGAUGAUUUCAAGGGCAUGAAAAACAGGAACAAGAUUAGAGGGCUCCAUCUGGUGGAGUACUUUGUUAACCGCUGUCAUGAAAUUGGGGUUCCUUGUGAAGCAUGGAUAAAGAAAGGCGAUCCCAAGGAAGUCAUCUGCCACGAAGUCAAACGUGUACAGCCAGAUCUUCUUGUGGUUGGUUGCCGUGGUCUUGGUCCUUUUCAGAGGGUUUUCGUGGGAACUGUAAGUGAGUUCUGUCUGAAGCAUGCUGAAUGUCCUGUUGUCACAAUUAAGCGCAGUGCAGCUGAGACUCCUCAGGACCCAAUAGAUGACUAA